CCUCCCCACCCAUAUAGGCCUCAGGGUUGCCAUGGCCGAGGUGGGGGUGGGGGGGGCAGCAGUGGUGCUCAGUGGGCUGCCCCCUGCCAUCCCGAAGGGGCUGCUCAUGCCCUGCUUCGAGGACCGCCGUCGCUCUGGGGGAGGACCAGUGUUGAGCUGGCAGCUUGGCGGAGGGGGCACACUCACUUUUCAGAAGUCUGCAGGUGCAGGGAGGGUCUCGGCCUAGGAGGGGCACAUGCUCUCCGGCGGGCUGAGCCUUAGGCCAGCCCCACCAUGUGCCCCUGCAAGCCUGCUGCUCCCAGGACCGCCCCCAACACCGCCCCCCCAGCAGCUAGAGCAGCACAGCCAGACCCUGCUGCGAGCCACGGGGCACCCAGCGCAGCCCCGCUGUGCCCUUGACAGUCCUGCCCAGCUGCCCCAGCCCCUUUCUGAGGCAGAAGCCUGAGUCCUGGAGGAACAGGCCUGGGCCCUGGGCCUGGAGGGGACUGAGGUGUCCCAGGACCGAGCUGUGCGUGUGGUGGGGGGUAUCCCCCCUGAGGGCCUGCUGCUGCAGGACCUGUACCUGGAGACUGAGCCCCGCGGUGGCAGGGGACCCCUGGGGGGCCUUUGCAGCCUGCCUGGGCACCUGGGCACAGUUGCAUCCUUCCAGGAGCGGCAGGUGGCCGAGUGAGUCCUACAGCAGGAGUCCCAGGGGCAGUGCUCAGAGCUGAGCCUGGUCCCCCACUAUGACGUCCUGGAGCCUGAGCAGCUUGCCAAGAACACCGGUGGAGGGGACUACCUGGUCAAGUUGGGGCCAGGGACCACCGAGCAUGCUCUUCUGGAGGCUGGAGGGCCAGUGAGGGCAUUGAAGCGUGCAGGGCUGGUGACACUAGGAGGCUCUGAAGAGGAACCAGGGCAGACAGGAGCCUCCCUGGGGACGGGUCCCCUUGGGUCUCUUGGACAGGCUGAGCCAGUCAGCUUGGGGCUCAUGGGGUCACUGGGACAGGGGGCUGGUGAGCCGGAGCCCAUGGGGUCUCCAGGCCCAGUGGGCCCAGGGAGAUGGCCACAGGGUCUCUGGAACAGGUCCCCCACACACCCUGCAGCCCCCAGACCGCACAGGCAGUGACCAGGAGAAGGUGAGACUCCCUGGGGACCCCAGCACAUCCUGUGGCCCUUUCUUGACCUCGCCUUCUACCCUGCCCUACACUUGCACCUGUUUUGUGGCCCUGUACCCUUCGCCUUCUCUCCAUCUUUUGCCUGACUUAUCCUGUACCCUGGCUGGGCUUGGCCCCUGACCCCGCAUCUCUCCCAGCCCCCAGAGGAGGUCUGAGCGCUGCAGGCCACCCCGGAAGGCCUGGGUGGGAGGGCUGGCUGGCUAUCUCCAGAGCUGGGGGCCAGGCAGAGGACUCUGAGGAGCAG